UCAUUCAAAUUCAAUAUAAAUUCAUUUACAAAAAAUUGAUUUUUAAAAUUUCCGAAUUUUAACCAAAUAAAAAAAAUCUAUUAUCAGCUAAAUUCCAACAAAAUGUCCUCUUCAAAAGCCGCCACGAAUGGAAGAAACAACAAAACCUCCUCCAAACCUCUGGUAACACCACCGAACAAACCCAAUGACCCCAAGGAAGCUGCGCCAGCAAAACCCUUCUCCCUGCCCAAAGAUAAAAACCUCCUCACGAUCGAUAGCAAAGAUGAUUUUGAAAAUAUCAUCAAAGAGGCCGGCGAACGUUUGAUAAUGUUUGAAUUUUUCGCCCCUUGGUGUGGCCCAUGCCGUAUAUUGACCACAAAAUUGGUGGAUAUGGCCAAUUUGUAUCGCGAUAAGUUGUUGAUUGUUAAAAUCGAUGUCGAUGAAUUCGAAGAUUUGGCCAUUGAACAUAAUGUCACGGCUAUGCCCACAUUUUUGAUAAUGCAAAAUAAGAAGCUAUUGCAGCAGUUUUCGAGUAGUAAUGCCGAACACUUACAAGAGACGGUGGAGAAAUAUGCCGGAAAGCCGGAGCAGGAGGAGGAUAAGGGUAAGAAGAGUGAGGGGAAGGAGGGGGAAAAAAAGGAUGAGAAGAAAAAAUGAAAUGGAAAAGAUCUCGCAGUAGAAGAAUUUGAUUGUUAAUAAUUUGAUUUAAUUGAAAUACAAAAAUAAAAUUAUCUGAAACAUAA